UCAGGCGACGUCGACGACGUUCUCCGUCGCGUACUCCGCGCUACCAUCACCCACUCCGCUCGUAACUGUAUCUGGACUUAAUUAUUGGGGCUGCCAAUUAACAUCGCGAUUGUACGAAAUCACCAAGCAACCCCAAUAAUUGGAAAAUGUCCGGAUUCGCAGCGGCGGGUCUCGUAGCCUUCGAUUCCUUCAAGACGAAAGCAUCGCAGAAAUUAUCCGGAUUCAAAAGAAAUACGACCGGUUAUGAGGAAUUCGAAGGCUCGCGCGAGGGUAGCAAGGAGAAUAGAGGAUUCGAGGAUGAGAGAGGAUACAGCAGACAGGCCUCUCUCGAAUCGCUCCCGGAGCCGCAGAGACCACCCUUGCGACACAUCGAUACUUAUUGCAUGCCGGAAUGUCCGUGCCUUUCGAAGAGGUACACCAUCGCGACGCUAGCUUGCGUAGGAUUUAUUAUUUCGUUCGGCAUGAGGUGUAACAUGGGCAUGGCCAAGUUGGUAAUGAAAAACACCACGGAGGGCGAGAACAAUACCGUUAAGUUCAAUUGGACAGUCGGCAUGGAAAGCGCUCUCGAUUCGUCAUUCUUUUGGGGUUAUCUCGUGACGCAAGUGCCCGGUGGCUUCGUCGCAUCGUUAUAUCCCGCGAACAGGAUAUUUGGCACGGCUAUUGCAAUAUCUUCCUUCUUAAAUCUGCUGGUACCCGGUGCGUUGAAAGUGGAUCCUAUCGUCGACAUGGGCGUGCAAGUGAUGAAAGGACUGGUUGAGGGUGUCACAUAUCCGGCAUGCCAUGGCAUUUGGAAAUACUGGGCACCUCCUCUGGAGAGAUCGCGUUUGGCCACGUUAGCGUUUUGUGGAUCGUACGCCGCGAUGGUGAUAGGUAUGCCGCUUUCCGGAUAUUUGAGCGCUUGGUUUGGUUGGACGGCAUCGUUUUACUUCUACGGCGUCUGCGGUUUGAUUUGGUACUGCUUUUGGUUGUGGCUGGCCUUCGAAAAGCCGUCGAAGCAUCCCUGUAUUUCGGCUCGCGAACUACGUUAUAUCGAAGAUUCGCUCGGUCAAGGACAAGUACAAGCACCUGUGCCCACAUUGUCGACGACUCCUUGGCGGAAAUUUCUCACCUCGAUGCCCGUCUAUGCUAUCAUCGUCGCUAAUUUUUGCAGAUCAUGGAAUUUUUAUCUGCUGGUGCUCUUCCAGCCACGUUUCAUGCACGAGUCCUUCGGCAUGCCGCUCGUCGAGACCGGAGUCAUCGGGUCGCUUCCGCACUUGUUGAUGACGAUGAUCGUGCCGUGCGGCGGUUUGCUGGCAGACCAUCUUCGUAAACGCGGCAUCAUGACGACGACGAACGUGCGGAAAGUCUUCAAUUGCGGUGGUUUUGGUAUGGAAGCGCUUUUCUUCUUGGUGGUAGCUCAGGCAACGACGUCGAAGAACGGAACCGCGGCUACUGUCGCGCUCGCGAUUGGCGUCGCGUGCAGUGGCUUUGCCAUUUCUGGUUUCAAUGUCAAUCAUCUGGAUAUUGCGCCCAGAUACGCCAGUAUUUUGAUGGGGAUGUCCAACGGGAUUGGCACCAUCGCUGGACUUUUGGUCCCUUUCUUCGUGGAUAAUAUUACGGAAAAGAAGGAUCCACACAGUUGGCGGAACGUUUUCAUCAUAGCAGCAUGUGUUCACAUUUUUGGAGUGACAUUCUACGGUAUUUUCUGCUCCGGCGAAUUGCAGCCCUGGGCUGAUCCCACCCUGGAAGAACAGAAGUCUUGGAAUCCUAUGGACGAGUUCGGUCAAACGAAACCGCCCGUUCCACCUCCACCGAAAACCAUGCAAUCCGAUUUCAUAAAACAACCGUCCCGAGAGGGAAGCGUCACCGAUGACUGGAAUGCCUACGAACAGCCGGCGCCCGAAAACCAGCUGUAUGCACGGCAGGACAACAAAGGUCCUGUGAUAAACUACGGUUCGACGGAGGCCAACAGCAACAAUCCAUUCCAUUCGACGAAUCCGUUUGCCAGCGACGUUAGCGCGACUCUCGUGCAACCGCCGGCUACAGACGAUUACGCGCAUGACGUCAUGCACAAUCAGCAGUGGAACUGAGAAUGGUCGACCUCCGGAUAGAGAAAACGGAUGCGAAAGAAAGCUGACUGCUUCCCCGAGAUCGUACGUCAUUCAUAUUUGUUGUUCGUAUCAUUAGCUAUCAAUACGCCGCGUUCCUCAGACAUGUCACAUCUUCGUUAGCCAAAACACAUGCAAUGGAAUUUGCGAAGUUCAUAGUACAAAGUGCGGAUGACUUUCUCUACCUUGAGAGAAAGAAGUCAUUAAAAAGGUUUUAGUUUUCUCAUUGAGAAAAAUGGAGUGGUAGAUUUAAUUUAAUUGGAAAUAUUACGUAACGACAUAUUGUUUUAAUUUUUUGUGUAUCGAUUAGUAAAAGAUAACAAGUCUCGUCACAAUGUUAUGGAUUUAUGACAAUUUUAGAAAACUCUGAAAUAUUUUAUACGCAUUAUAAUUAGAGUCCGACCGAAACCACUUUUUUUAGUUUUGGCCGAAAUUGAAAACGAAUAUUUGGUUUUUACUUUAUUUCGACCGAAACCGAAACCGAAACCGAAAUUUUUGGAGGAGUUUUAUAAAAAGCCAUAUGAUUUUUAAAAAACCGUUGGAAAAUGUGUA